AUGACAAAUAUUUACAAAUUCGUCCCAAUUGCUUUCAAACAUCUUAUACUGAAAAUUUUAGAAAUAAUAAGUCAUGGUUAUAUGCAGAUAGCGCACGGUCAUUCCUCCCCAGGAGGUGAUAACAUCUUAUAUGAUGUAUGGCUACAUUAUUCAGGACAGAUUAAGGAGGAGGAGAUCACUACUAAUUUUAUUGAAUUAGGGCUCCUUCUUUUUGGGAGUAUUAUUACUUUCUUAUGGCUGGAGUCCGCCUUUGACAUCUACCUUAUGGUUCGUCAGCUUAUGAAGUAUAAUGAAGAAGAAGAAAUGAGUGAUGUGUAUGUAGAUAUCAUGACACCUUUGGUCUUCGAAAAAGCACGUUUAUAUGGAAUUGAUAGAACAAAGUUUAGAAUUUGCAAAACAUUAUAUUUGACGACGAUGUGCACAUUAGGUUUAAUAUUCGGAUGGACAGCUGCGCUUUGGCGUGUGGCGCAAGAUUGUGCAGAUAAGCUACCAUUUGGGUCAUCAGAUUCUGAAAUUUUAGUAACUGUAAUCUUCGUUUUAAUCAACAAUUUAAUAUCCACUCUAACAGAACUUCCGCUAUCUUUUUAUGAUAUAUUUGUUAUCGAGUCGCAACAUGGAUUUAAUAAGCAAUCUGUGGAAAUGUUUCUUAACGAUCAACUGAAUUACUUUACAAUGGUGCAACUGUUUUUUUUGCCUUUAUCGGCAUUGUCAGUGAUGAUUAUUAAACUAGGCGGAGAAAGGUUUUUUGUGUGGUUAUGGAUGUUUAUAUGCAUUUUAUGCAUGUUCAUUAAUAUGUCAUAUCCAACACUUAUGUCCGACUUUGAUAUGAAGUGUACACCUCUUCCGGAGGGAAAGCUCAAACGAGAUUUUGAGGAGUUAGCUCAAAUAGUAGACUUUCCUCACGAAAACGUAUUUGUAUUCAACGGAUCAAUGCGUUCACGCCAUACAAAUGCUUAUUUUGCUGGAAUUUUUGAUUCUAAACGAAUUGUGCUGUAUGAUACAUUGCUGGCAAAAAAGGCAGCUUCUUCGACAACCGGUCUUACGAUUGGAUGUUCAGAUGAUGAAGUACUGGCCAUAAUUUGCCACGAAUUUGGUCACUGGAAAUUAAAUCAUGUUAUGUUUCGAAUGUUAUUCGUGCAGGCUAAUCUUUUUUUAACACUUGCCAUGUAUUCUCAAUUAAAAGACAGUAUGCCACUAUUCUAUGCAUUUGGUUUUAAAAAUGAUCAAAAACCUGUUCUUGUUGGUUUAAUCUCGGUAAUGGAUUUUAUAAUGGCACCUUAUAACGCAUUAGCUAUGAUUGCUCUUCUUUUUAUUGGACGUGAAAUGGAAUUUCAAGCAGACGACUACGCGAAAAAUUUGGGUUAUGGAGAACCACUAAAAAGGGCUUUGAUAAAACUGCAUAAGGAUAACUUGAAUUCGCCUAUACAUGACUGGAUGCAUUUCAUGUUUAACGAAUCACAUCCAUCUUUAUUGGAUAGGCUUGCUAGAAUUGAAGAAAACUUAUAA